AUGGCUCAACCUGAGACUGGUGGUGACGAGGCCUCUAUUGUUGAGAUUGGCCUUCCUAACCACGCCCCAGGCAGCAAAGACCCGGACGCUGCGUCAGACAAGCCGGGCGACGAUGAUGCAGCCAGCGUCAAGAGCUUCGAAACUGCUACUUCGGCUCUCUUUUCCGAUAGAUCCUUGGAUUCCGGCCCUGAUGAACGAUCGGUAGGCUUGAACAUCAUCAGGAACGGCGGCUGGUCUGGCUCCCAAUAUGAUGAUUAUGACAUUGUCACUGUCCAUGGACUGCGUGACGAUUAUCGCACUGCGUGGAUUGACGCAGGCCAGGGUUGGUGGGUGAGAGACCGUCUCUUGAAAGAUUUGGAUGUGAGGCAGAUUGAUUAUGCCUACGACAUUGAUGAAGGUGCCACCAUCUACGACCCAGACGGAAUCCGGAUCCAUGCCCAGGCCCUCGUUACUGAGUUGGCAAGAGUUCGGAGAGAACUUGAUGAGACCGAGACGGACCGUCCACUACUAUGGAUCUGCCACGAUAUCGGCGGCACAAUUGUCAAGGAGGCACUCUCAAUGGCACUGGCUAAUCCCCUCGAAUAUGGCAAGAUGGCCGUCCUGUCAACGGCAAUCUUUUUCCUGAGCACGCCUCAUCGUGCUCUGUCUGUGGACCAUCUUGAAGACGAGCUUCUUCAACUCAUCUACCUGCCUGGUCCCCAAAAGAUAAGGACUGGGGCAUUGGAGAAGGCCAAGAACCUGGCAGCUCAGGUGCACAGAAUCAACCAGGAGUUUCUCCAUACUAAGCUGCUCGACCGCGCAGUCAUUUUCAAUGUAUUUACGAAAUGCUACCGUGAUUACAUGGGCCAACCAUCCAAAGACGGCAAAGACGACAAAGACAACGACAAUGCAUCCGACGACUCUUUUACUACUGACUCGGAAGCAGAGUUGGAUCCGGUCACUCCGUUCCCAAGGUUUUCACAUUCCUAUUGCCAAUCUUUCGAAACCAUGGGCAGGUUUCGCACAGUUUACGACCAUAUGGACCUUGUCAAAGGCGAUCCAAAUCACGCAUGGAUAUCAACGGAUCUCAACAACACCAGCGGAUGCCUGUUCAAGGUCGAGUACAGGUUUCUCGAGGACCAAGCGCACCUUCUUUCCCUCGCGCCCCCGACGCAAUCGACAAACGUCCCUUACAACUCGAUGCUCCCUCCAACCCCCUUUGUCCGCUGGAUCAUGAAGCAACUCACUCCUAACAACAAGAAGAAGCUGGAGGCCCUGAGGGAUCCGAAGAUCGUGCACCUGCACUGCAACGGGGACACAUCACUUGACCUUGCCGACCUGUCUCGCCUCUGCCACCACGCUUUUGAUGAUGCCUUGGUCACCUCUGAGCCCAACAGGAACGCGCGAGGGGCAGUUGCGUAUUUCGAGUUCGAUCGGAAUGACUCACGGUACAAUAGCAUUGAGGCUAUGAUGGUGUAUUACAUCAACCUCAUCGUAUGGCACUUCUGGGAUCAUGGAGAACAAUACAUGGCUGAGGCGUUGUCGUUGCAAAAGAGGAUGAAAUCGUGGUCGAGGGGCGAUAUAUUCCACGUCUUCUGGGUGGUUAGGUACUGGAUAGUCACCCUAGAUCACCGGGUCAAGUUCUUCAUCAGCUGUUUUGACCAAUGUCCAGAGCAGGAGAGGAUCUGGUUUCUCGACCGAGUGCGAUACGAGCAGAGCUACACCGACGGCUCUACAAGGCUGAUUAUAUCCACCACCGGCAUGGACAGUCUCGGGGCCGGGCCGUUCCCGGAGAUUGCGUCCAUCAACAUGGCCGAGUGUCCAGCUCUGAGUCGGCAUGAUGGAUUGGCCGAUGAGCUCAGGUCGGAUCUCAGUCGCCUUCUAAAAAGACGACCACUCUGCAAGGCGUUUCAGUCACAACUUGAGACGUUUCUCUCGCAGUGCCACGACUCGCCACACCUCGGGCGUAUUAUUCUGACUUGGCUUGAAAAUAACUGCCGUGGCACGUCCAGGUCAGAGCUUGAACCAGUCAUUGGUAAACUGUCUCCCGCAUCUGCGCAGAGUGCGGUCCAAGUUUUCGUUGAUUUUCUACCUCCCGAGCGCCGUCAGAGAGCCAGGAACGUCUUCAACUGGGUUAAGCAUGCAGCCGAGCCCUGGACGGCCGGGGCCUUGGCUCAGGCGAUCGCCAUCUCCGAGUCUCCGGGACAAGAUGCGGACCUUGGCCAACUUGAUCCGGCUGGGCUUAUAUCCUGGGUCGACCAGGUGUUUGGCGGCAUCAUCACCAUUCGACACGGCGAGUUCAGGUUCAGCCACUCUUCGUUUCACAGCCUGUCGGAGAUUGAGAUCGAGGGGAGCCCGGAGGAGGUGGCACAUCAAGUGAACAGUCAACUGGCGGAAAUAUGUCUGCGUUUCUUUUCCAAUGAGAGUGCGCGAGAGGCCUUGUCUGCUUUCUCUCCAGAUCGCCUCGAAGGGGGUCCAUGGGAGUCGCUACUUUCAGCCACUGUGAUUGCUUACCAGCGUUCGAGCAUGGCCGAGUACGCCGUUCGGUUCUGGCCUCAUCACUACCGAGCCAGCGGGAAGCUCAAGCCCAACGGACUUUUACGGGGAAUGUUCGCGUCCAAGGGGUCCAGGGGUGCUUGGGAGGUUCCGUUCUAUACAAUGUCCAACCCAGUCACCAGGAUUAAUAGAUCCUACAUCUCACUAUUGCCAGUCUUUGCAAUGUUGGGUUUGGAAGAACUGGUCAGGAGCGAGUGCGAAUCUGAGAGAAGACAUGCCUCAUUCGAGACGGAUUGCUGGUAUGCAAUCACGGAAGCCGCGAGAGCGGGCAACAAAGAUAUUGUCAAGUGGCUACUCGAGCAGGUGAAGGUCGAUGAAGCCCAACUCAGAGAUGCCAUCUUCUGGGCCGCGGCAUACGGCAAGGGAGGCGCCUUGGACAUGCUCCUUGAAAAAGUACCCGAUCCAGCAACGUUUGACUGGCCCGAGGACCUUUUGGAACGAUCCGUUGCCGCGGGUCUGGAUAAUCUUCUCGCGGCCAUCCUGCUUUCAAAUCCGGACAUCAACGCAAAUACGAUGUACUUUGAUACAUCCCUGAUAAACUUGGCCGCGUAUACGAAUCAAGUUUCUAUCAUGGAGACGCUGUUGAAGUUCGACCCCAAGCCCGACCUGUCCCUUUUUGAUGAUGAUGGCGAUACCGCUCUUUCCACUGCUUGCAAUGUUGGAGAUCCACGCGCGGUACAAGUUCUCCUAGGGGCAGGAGCUGAUGUGGAAUUAACAGGCGACGAUGCUCUGAAUCCCGUACGGGCUGCUAUUCUAUUCUCCAGGCCCCGGGCACUUGAACUUGUCAUCGAGUCUGGGGCAGACUUCAAGAGCGGCGAUGAGGACGCAUCGGACUCGUCGAAUGACAGAGCUCCCUUGAUAAUCGCUGCAGAUGUCGGUAACGCCGAGUGUGUCCGCGUUCUACUUGCCCAUGGGGCGGACCCGAAUACCGAAUGUGCUUCAGGGACGGCCCUAUAUCGAGCUGUUGCGAAUCAGCGCGUGGAUAUUGCCCGCCAGUUGCUAGAGAACCAGCCUGAUGCAGCAAUCAUAGGCCCUCCUCCUCAAGACCGAGACACAAUGCUGGUCAGUGCUGUGGCUUCCGGCAACACGGAGCUCGUCUCACUGUUGGUGGAAUUCGGCGCCAAGCUCGACUAUCUCGAUCCCAAUCGCGAAGACGAUGGCAAAUCCCCAUUGACGCUAGCAGCAUGCGACGGCAAAUUGGAGAUUGCCGAGCUACUCGUGAAGGAGGGUGCCGACGUCAACUAUACCGAUGGUCAUGAAGAUGUCGAUUCACCCCUAUUCGUGGCACUAUCCUGGAGGCGACCCGGCCUGGCGCGGAUGCUGCUUAAACACAACGCGGAUCCGCACUGGACCAGUGACGUGGGAUGGAACAUGCUUCACGCGUCGUAUGACUGUCCGGAGAUAUUCCCAGAUCUUCUCAAGCUCAAACUAGACAUCGACAGUCACUGCAGAUCUGGCACUGUCCUCCACCUCGCAGCGGGCGACGACCAAGUCCAGGUGGUCGAGAUGCUCCUGAACAACGACCCCAAGCCCGACGUGGAGAUUCCAUACGAUUCACCUGACUUUGAUGCACAUAACGAUAAAUACACGGCUCUGAUGAUGGCUUGCAUCCGUCCUUCUCCGCCAUGUCUGAGGUUACUGCUCAGCGCCGGCGCGAAUCCCCGCUACCGCGCCAACAACGAUGUUGACGCCGCCUCCGUUCUGGCCGGCUCCUACGGCAAUGUUGACAAGAUCAUAGAGUGUCUAGAAAUGCUGCUGACGGUUCCCUACAAGAUCGAUGUGACCCGCACCUACGCCAAAGGCAACACUCUCCUGCACAAGAUCAGGCCCAUGACCCACGUCUCCCUGGUCCAGCUUCUGCACAGGGCCAAGGUGCCCUUGGAUGAGGCCAACGAAGAUGGCUACACCCCUCUCGCGGUCGCCAUUAUGCUGGGUAACGCAGAGGUGGCCGAGUAUCUCAUAUCAUGGGGGGCCAGCGUGAAUGUAUUCCACCCUAACUUUGGUAGCCUCCUACACAUGGCCUGCUCCUCCGGCCUGCUCAGGAUUCUCAAGCUGCUCAUUGAGAACGGGGCGGAUAAGGAGGCGGUCGAUCCUGGUUACAUGGACGGGGAGUCCUUGUUGCACACUACCUUCAGGACCAUGGAAUAUGGACCCCGGCUUCACGAGAGGGAGUUAAUCGUUCGGUAUCUUGUAGAUGAGGUCAAGGUUCCCGUCAACAAACUCGGCGGCCGAUUUGGAUAUCCCAUCAUUCAAGCGGUGGCGCGCAGGAUUGACCCAAUGUUCUCCCUCAAAACCCUCAAGUUCCUCAUCCGACGCAAGGCCAAUCUAGAUGUCGCCGACGACCAGGGCCGCCGUGCUGUACACAUCGCCGCGAUGCUGCAGGGCCCUCCACGUGCCCGGUUUUCAGUGCUGGAGACUCUUUUGAACGCUGGGGCAGACGGAAGAGCAAAAGACCGGUUCGGGCGUAAACCCAUCCACUUCGCCGCGGCGUCGUCGACUAAUCUCGAGACCUGUCCGCUUCCCAACUGGACGGAUGACUUGGACAUUGCAGACGACGACAACUGGACGCCACUGCUCUGGGCUGCUCGAUCAGGCCAUCCGGAGAGUAUCCGCAAACUGGUUGAUCUUGGCGCUGACAUAUGGGCUUCAGGGCGUAGCUACGACCCUACGGCUGAAUGGUCACCGUUGAGACUCGCCCACUUUCGGGGGAUGAGAGAAUUUAGAUACGGGCCUCUGUUGGAGGUACUCAGGCCGAAGCCGGAGGAGGCCACGCGGGUCAACAAAGAUGGUACAACAGAGGAAUGGGGGUCGAAAACCCACACAAGCCCUAUAGGAUUCUACCGCUCGGGACUCUUGUGUUGGGGUUGCUUAGUAGUCAUCAGGGGCAUGCGAUGGAAGUGCAUAGAGUGUACCCAAGACGUCUCUUUCUGCUUCAAGUGCUAUGCUCACCGGCUGGACAUGCAUAAUCGGGAGCACACGUUCGAGGAGAUCGGUCCCUUGUUCGCUCCGCCACCUCCACCAGGAGGGAUACAUCCGCCAGGAGGGAUUCCAGGUAUGCCUCCUCCACCAGGAUGGACACCAGGAUGGAUUCCAGGUAGACCCCCACCAGUAUGGACUCCAGGCAGGCGGCCGAUGGGCAUGCCUACUAGCAAUUCAGGAAGCACUCAGUCGAGCAGCUCUAGCAGCAGCGCCCGGACGCGCUCGACUCGCUCGAAUAGCCCCUCCAGGCGGUCGGCAGCGAAUGGUGAGGACUCUGCGGACGAUGAGGACGAGUCUGUUGGAGAUGAGAGCGAGCAUGAUUCGAUCAACGGACGUCGGUCGCCGUCGCUGGAUGGAGAGACAAACAGCAAUGCUGGUUUCGGCGGAGAGAGUGUGGUUCCAGGUUCAGAGGCCAGCUGA